CAAGAAAGAAUCAAUUUGAAGAAAUAAAAAGGCAGUGCCCCAAAAGCCAUGUGAGGCCGGUUGACCUACUUAUCAUACUAAUAUCAUAUUCUCAGCGUACACCCAUCCGAGAACAUAUAAUUGUAUAAUGAAUUUGAUGAUAGAAUGUAUAAUGUAAAGAUGUGAUAUGUGAACAUAUAAUUGUUCAAUACAUUCAUAUAUAUAUAGAUAUAUACCUCAUCUCCCUGUAUCCGAAUAACCAAUUGUAUCACACAAAUGGACAUUCUUAUCACAUUCAUAAUUACACUUACCUACAUACUCCUCCUUCUCCCUUACAAACUUUCCAUAGCAGCUGACUCCAUUCAUUUGUCACAACCCCUCACCAAUGGCAAAACCUUGGUGUCCAAAGAUGGAACCUUUGAACUCGGUUUCUUCCGCCCGGACGGUAACUCUAUCAAAACAUACCUCGGCAUCUGGUUCAAGAACAUCCCUGUUCGGAAAGUCGUUUGGGUUGCAAACAGAGCCAACCCAGUCAACGGUUCAAAGGACAUCAUGUUAACUGUGAACAUGACAGGCAACCUCGUCCUCACACAAGAUGACACUGUCGUGUGGUUCACAAACAUUCAGGAACAAGCACUGAAUAACAAUUCAGUGGCUGUGCUAUUGGAUAGUGGCAAUCUUGUGGUGGGGAAUGACCGACAAGGGUACUUGUGGCAGAGCUUUGACUAUCCGUCCGACACAUUGCUGCCAGGGAUGAAAUUGGGAAGAAGCUUAAAAUUGGGACAUGAUUGGAAAAUAACAUCAUGGAAGAGUCCACAAGAUCCAUCCCCUAGUGAAUUUUCAUGGGGUUUACUACACCAUGAUAAUUAUCCUGAAUAUUACAUCAUGAAGGGAACAAAUAUAAAAUUGUCCCGUUUUGGACCAUUCAAUGGCCAAAAUCCUAGUGGAGUGCCAGAAAUAAGAUACCUUACAACUUCUACUGAUCCUCUCCAAAAUCGCUAUGAGUUUGUCACCAACAAAGAUGAGAGUUUCUACAGGUAUAGCUACAACACAACCAACCCGGUCAUCUCAAUUAUAGUGUUGAACCAAGCCACUGUAAUUCGCUAUGUGUGGGUUGAACAAGAUCAAAUUUGGAGGACAUAUCGGUCAUUUCCUAAAGACAAGUGUGACACUUAUGGUCUUUGUGGAGCCUAUGGGAAAUGCAUAAUUAAAAGAGGACAAAUGUGCCAAUGUAUCAAGGGGUUCACUCCAAAGUCACCACAAGCAUGGACAUUAACCGAUUGGAGUGGAGGGUGUGUCCGAGAUAAACCAUUAAGCUGCAACAAUGGGACGCAAAAAGAUGGGUUUAUCAAAUUUGGUGGCCUUAAAGUUCCGGAUACAUCACAUGCAUCGUUGAAUGAGACCAUGGGUCUUGAGGAAUGCAGAGACAAGUGCUUGAAUAAUUGCUCUUGUAUGGCUUACACAAAUUCAAACAUAAAUGGUGGAGGUCGUGGUUGUGUCAUGUGGUUUGGCGAUCUAAUUGACAUAAGACAGUUUGAUGAUGGAGGCCAAGAUCUUUAUAUUCGGAUGCCUACCUCAAUGUUAGGGACUGAACACAGCAGGCGUGAACGAAUGAUUACAAUUUAUAUCACCAUUGCUUCAAUUUGUGGAUUGCUUCUACCUUGUCUUUAUUUUGUUUGGAGAGUCCGCAGGAAGAUUGUUGAAAGAGCUCAAAGACAUAUGGCUGAUAUAGAUCUCCCAUUGUUUGAUCUAACAACAAUUGCUGCAGCCACUAAUGGCUUCUCGAUGAACAAAAAGAUUGGAGAAGGUGGUUUUGGACCAGUAUAUUUGGGAAAAUUAACAAAUGGUCAAGAAAUAGCCGUGAAAAAACUUUCAAGCUUAUCCAGUCAAGGAAUGAUUGAGUUCAUAACUGAAGUGAAACUAAUUGCACAACUUCAACACCGGAAUCUUGUAAGGCUUCUAGGUUGUUGCAUUGAAGGACAAGAACGAAUUUUGAUUUACGAAUACAUGGGAAAUGGUUGCCUACACUCUUUCAUUUUUGGUAAUAUUAAGGGUAAAUUGCUAAAGUGGCCUCAACGGCUCAACAUAAUUUGUGGAAUAUGUAGAGGGCUUGUGUAUCUUCACCAAGAUUCCAGAUUGCGGAUUAUCCACAGAGAUCUCAAAGCUAGUAAUAUUUUACUUGAUCAAGAUUUAAAUCCCAAAAUAUCAGAUUUUGGAACAGCCAAAACUUUUGGAGGAGAUCAAACUGAAGGAAACACAAAGAGAAUAAUUGGGACUUAUGGGUACAUGGCUCCGGAGUAUGUUGCAAAAGGGAUUUAUUCAGCAAAAUCCGAUGUUUUCAGUUUUGGUGUUCUAUUGUUAGAGAUCAUAUGUGGCAUAAGAAAUAAAGCAUACUAUCACACAGAUGACAAUCUUAACCUUGUUGGUCAGGCUUGGACAUUGUGGAAAGAGGGUAGAGCAUCAGAGUUAAUUGACUCAAACAUUGAAAACUCAUAUGUUGUUUCGGAAGUAUUGCGUUUUAUGCAUGUUGGUCUCUUGUGCGUACAACAAAACCCAAACGAUAGGCCUACCAUGACCUCUGUGAUGCUAAUGCUAGAGAGUGAGAUGGAACUAGAGGAGCCUAAAGAACCUGGUUUCUUUUAUAGUAAUAUUUCAUCACCUGAUUCAUGUCUACGUAGGAGUCGAAGGGAUAGAAGUUUAGCAUAUGACGUAACAUUUUCUUCAUUUGGUCCUCGAUGAAUAUUCACAUAUGACAUAAAUGCAUAAGAAUUACAAGCACACCAACAAACGCCUGAAUAAAACUGGCUCAUUUCCAUUCA